AUUACAGAAAAAUACAUGCGUAUCGAUGCCCGCGAUGAUCAUAGCUUUAUUGGUCGCACUCAUUGCCAAGCCUGCCCGUACAAAAGGCACACAGUUCGCAAGUAUGUAUUAUUAUUCACACUCUCCCCAUGGAUCGCAGUAGGAGCAUCAGACAACACGGAGCCAGGGCAUUUGGUCAAUUCGACUGAUACGAAUAAAGAUAUGUACGUCAUUAACGCGAUGGUGUACCAAGUCGGAAUUCUUACUAACAAGAGCGAUGAUACUUACACCAACAGCUCAGGCAAUCAAGAAGUUCUAACAUUGUAUCACACGAAUGGAUCCAAUAUAGAUUUGAGCAAUAUUCCUACACCAUUGCUGACUAAUAUCACAGCACAGAGGCUUGUAGGGGUUGCACCAACCUUGGACGUUGGUAAUGAUUCAGUUGACAAUUCUCACGCAACGUGGACCACUCUAAGCCACCUGUCUCCCCUUCAGGCGGCUAACGCAGAAAAUCCUAAGGAGACCAGAGCUACGAGGCAAAUUACAUCCGAUGCAGAAGAAGAUCUAGAAAAUUAUAACGGCGCGGCCGUCGAUAAUGAUUUCAAUAACCGUCCUAUGUUAAUGGAGAGACUAUUCAAGAGAUCUCUGAUAAUGAAGCGAGAUGUGUCUACAGAAGGCAAGACUCCAAUUAAAGUCGUUGAGGGUUCCGCUGUAAUUCCCGAGGAGGCUGGCGUGCAAUCCAUUGGCAUACCACCUCUGCUUACCUUAAACAAUAACUUGUCUGAAAUACCGGUGCCAAUACCUAACACUUCCGUUGUCCAUUAUUCCAAAAUCAACACUCUUGUUCACGCGCUUUGAUCAAAAGUUCCCAUAAUUAUCUAAUCAUUUCAGUUACAAAUAAAAGUUCGUCUAUAUGGACUUGGUAACUUAUUACUAGAUAUUACCAUAGGUUGACAAUUAGAAUUCUGUACCUAAUUGUGUUGAAAAUGUAUUCAAUGUAUUUCAAAGCUUUCACGAAUAAAGUAUUAAAAAUAUUUGCAACGCAUAUAAGUUU